GAUAGUUCUUGUUUUUGGGACAAAAUAGUUAGUCUGACCGUUCUAUCUUGCAAAUUGAAAACAGGGACAAGGUGAUUAGAAAGUUGCGAUUUCGAACAAGCAGAGAAGUUUGACAUCCCUUCCGUAGCCGAAGAUCGCAGGAAUGGAACCUCCCCAAGGAAAUUCGACCACGAGGGAUUACGAGGUGUUCUUAAGCUUCAGAGGGCCGGACACUCGCUUAACCAUGACCGACACUCUCUAUGCGGCCAUGAUCCGGGCCGGGAUACACGUCUUCAAAGACGACGAAGAGCUCCGCGUCGGGGAAGAGAUCGGAGGCGAGCUUCUGAGAGCAAUCUCCAAUUCAAAGAUCUACGUACCGAUCUUCUCUAAAGACUACGCUUCCAGUAAAUGGUGCCUCCGUGAGCUGGCGUACAUGGUGGCGUGUAGGAAGAGAGGCGAGAAAGUGAUCUUGCCCAUCUUCUACGACGUGGAUGCAUCUGAUGUUAAGCUCAAAACUGGAUCGUAUGGGAAGGCCCUACAGAAGCACGAGCGAGAGUCCGGUGAAGAUGUGGCGAAGCAGUGGGAGGAGGCCCUGAGAGAGGUCGCCGGAAUCAAGGGAUGGAACUUAAAAGAUCACGGCCUAGAGAAACUUAUAGCACUAGUUCUGGAAGAAGUUAUAGUUAAGCUGAGGCCUACGAAGAAAAACUGGCAUGAGGACUUGGUGGGAAUUCACGAUCGGAUGGAAGCUGUUAUGGAGUUGUUAGCCAUGGGCAAUUCCGACGUACGAUUUGUAGUCAUUCAUGGUAUGGGCGGUAGCGGGAAAACUACUCUUGCUAAGGCCAUCUUCAAGCGAAUCUCUUCCCUAUUUCAACGUUCUAGCUUUCUUUCGGAUAUCCGUACAGACAGUAUUUCAAGUUUGCAAAAGAAAUUGUUAUGUGACAUUCUUGAUAUUCGACAUGAAGUCGAUGCUGAUAAUACGAGGGACAUGAUCAAAGAACGACUCAAUGAUAAGAAAGUCAUUGUUGUUCUUGAUGAUAUGGACAAGAGGGCUCAGCUCAAGGAACUAGCCGGUCAGUCUACUUGGUUUGGGUCGGGAAGCCGAAUUAUUAUCACAACUAGGAACACUUAUUUUUUGGCUCCUGAAGCCAAUCCCUUAAGUGAUCAUAUUGUCCCAGCGCGUCAUGGAGAUUUCUUUUUUUAUGAAAUGAAGGAAAUGCAGUUUGACCAUGCUCUUCAACUAUUCAGCAAGCACUCCUUUGAAAGCGACACCCCUCCACAUGAUUACAUCAGUAUUUCAAGUGAAAUUGUCAAAAUUACUGGAGGACUACCAUUGGCUCUCGAGGUCAUCGGUUCAUUACUCUAUUCAAAAGGCAAGAUAACAUGGAAAGACACUCUGAAUAAGUUGAAGGAAGUGCCUAAUGAGAAUGUCAAGGAAAAGUUGUUGAUAAGUUAUGAAGAAUUAGAGUACGAGCAACGGCAAAUUUUUCUUGACAUCGCAUGCCACUGCAAUGGUGAAGAAAGAGUCCAUGCAUAUUACUUGUGGAAAGCUUGUAAGUUUUUCCCAACCACUGGAAUCAUUGUCCUCAUUCAUUUAUCUUUGAUAAAAGUCAUCGAGAAUGAUAGACUAUGGAUGCACGACCAACUUAGAGAUCUUGGAAGAGAGAUUGUCCGGCAAGAAUGCUUUCAAGUUCCUGGAAAACGCAGCAGGUUGUGGUGUCCAACAGUCGCCUUAGACGUGGUACAGAAUAACCUGGCUGCUCCUGAUUUUAUGGCUGCUCCUAACCUCUCACUUCCCCGUCACGACGAUUUUGCCGUUCCUCUAUUACCAGACUCGAUUGGUGGUCUGAAAUCCUUGUUAAUGCUGAAGGUGAAAAGUCAGGGUCAUGUUAGAGAACUUCCGCACUCAAUAGGAGAUAUACGGGGUUUAGAGCAUCUGUCUCUACAUGGUUGUAUUGAGCUUCGAAAGCUUCCAAAUUCCAUCGGAGAGUUGACAUCGCUCCUCUGUCUGGAUUUAUCCAACACCGAUAUAAGAGCACUACCAAAUUCCAUUGGAAGACUAGAAUCGCUACUCGAAAUGAAUCUAUCUCAGACACCAAUUGCGGAAUUACCUGAUUCUCUUGGCAAUCUUACACGGUUGAAGUUCUUGUAUUUGGAUCGGACUAAGAUAAGAGAGCUUCCGAAGAGCAUAUGGACCCUGGAGAAUCUUGAGGAGUUGAUUGCUAGAGGUUGUGAAAAACUUGAAGGCGAAAUUCCAAGUGAAAUCGCGGGAAUGUCCCAAUUGAACAUUCUAAAUCUGUCCCGAAGUAAGGUCAGUAGAGUUCCGACGGCAAUCAAUCAGCUUUCUAAUCUCCGAGAACUUCUUUUAUCCAAUUGCAACGAGCUUCAGUCGCUACCAAAUCUCCCCACAAGUUUAAGAAAGCUAAAGUUGUCGUCUUCAUCGUUGCAGGCAGUACCCGACCUCUCGAACCUCACUAGUUUACUUCAUCUGGACAUAAGCGAUCACGCUUAUGACUUUCAGCUUUUGAAAACUACAAAAGGACGGGUUCCACAUCCGAACCUAGAUUGGCUUGGAAGGUUACAUGAAUUGCAGAUGUUGAGACUGGUUCUUUCCCAUUGCAACUUGCCUCCAACUGACUUGAGCUCCCUUUCUCAGCUCCGUUCACUUGACAUGACUUGUCCAGACCCACGGUCUCUGACACAGCUUCCAUCCAGUUUAGAAGAAUUGAGUUUAGAACAUGUCAAGUCACCAAUAGAGUGGCCACUGUUCUCCAACUUGGGAAAUUUGUCUGAAUUAAAGCUCUUUGGUUGCCGGUUAAGAGAGAUCGAGUUUGACAAUGUGCUUGGACAGCUAGAGAAUCUCCAGCGUUUGCAAGUGCGCAAGUGCAAGUCGCUCGUGCGGCUAUCCAAUCUAGCAAGCAUAAAGGAGCUCCGAGUGCUGAGCGUGGAGUACUGCCCGCAACUAAUUGAGAUCGAAUCUACACUGAAGCUAGAGAAGCUAGAGUCGUUGAGAGUUUACUAUUGUGGAGCAGUGCAAAAGUUGCCUCGUAUACCAAAUGCAUGUGAAGUCGAUGUUAUUGGAUGCCCCGGGUUACAAGGAUACAACCUUGAGUACAACAAUUAUUAUCUAGGAUACCCCAGCUCACUAAACAGUAAUCAGAUGGUUGAUAGUGAACACAUCAAUUCUGAUCUUGGAUACAGCAAUUUUGAUCCAGGAUACCACAGCUCACUAAACAGUAAUCAGAGAGUCGAUUCUGGAUACAACAAUUUUGAUCUAGGAUACCCCCAGCUCAUCAAACAGUGA